AUGGAACAAUCACAGCGAUAUCGUCCUACAUACCAUACAUUCGUCGAGUCCCUUAUCCGUUCAGGAUACGCCAAUCUCAAAUACCUAGACCGCGAUAUCCUGCAUGACCGUUUCGUCUUUGAAGCAGGCUGCACUAUUGUCCAGUUUGGCCAUGACGGUAAAAUCACAGAAUCGAGGACGGCAUCCAAGGCAGAUUUCAUACCAAGUCCGACUGGCACCCAACGACGCCUGUUCAUCCUCCAAGGAGAAUGCGCCAGCCUUGUCAAUCAGAUCGGAGAAGCACUCGACAUAGAGCCCGAAUUUUUUGCGGACCAUUUACGCGCGGUGACCUGGGAGCAUCAUAAUGACAAGACUAAUAACCACAUGCUUCCUUCAGUAAGGCGCGGGGCGCACUUUUGGACGCUGCAAUACUUCGAGCCUGUUCAAUUAGAAGGGCACUUCGGUCUCAGCCGAACACAGUUAAGGCACGGCGGACUAUUGCGACGAAUGAUUAUCCGCAACCCUGACAAAGACCAGCCUGGGUCUUACUCAGUUGGGCUAGUCACUCGCUUUAUGUCCUUCUGGCAUCGCAGACAUGACAAUGGCUCGUUCGACGCCGUUCUCUUGAUUGACCCUCCUCUUGAGAACCCGCUCGAAUUCAAGGUGGACAGAUCUGACAAGCCUUACAAGACGAUGUCGACUUCUUGGCGGCCUUAUGGCGGCGGUUACACGAACUUUGCCAUGCUUCAUAAAAGGAAGUCAUUGAUCAAGCUAUCGCCGUCAACUGAUACCUCUCAUUCUGGCUGUCUAAAGGAGGAUCUCAUCUGGAAAUUACGCCAUGCAUCUCUAUUCGUCACGACAGAGGACAACGUCGAAAGAGUAUCAAUCAUACUCCAGAAAAUAGCACUGUCCAAUUGGCUGCUGAGCCUUGCCUUUCUGUGGAGGGAUUUCAGUUCAAUACACUUGGAGUAUCUUACGGACGAGGACAUCCCUAUGGACAAGGUUCAGUUCGUACUGCAAGACAUCGACAGCUCUCGCAGCUUGCUUAAUCGUUGUAUUCUUACAACAAGGCGGAACCUCUUCCAGCUAGGUAUCAAGCCAUCUGAUGAGAAUUAUUACACCUCCUGGCAUCACAAAGACGCAGACGAUCAACAACUUUUAGUCGCGGAUUGGUCAUUCUUAUUCCAAGAAUUGAAGAGUUGGGCAGAGGACACUGAGCGUCUGGUCAACACUCGCAUGCUGAACUUGCAGGUUUUUGAUGCCAAGAGAAGCCAGAAAGUCUCUGAACUGUCGCAAGAGAUGGCCUGGCGAUCAAUGUUGGAUUCGCGGCAGAUGAAUACUUUGACUCGACUGGGGCAAGUGCUUCUUCUGGUAUUCACUCCUGCUGGAAUGGCGUAUGGCAUUCUUAGUAUGCCUGGCGAUUUUGCGCCUGGCCGAGGCCGGUUCUGGGUGUUCUUUGCUGUUGCUGUUCCGCUCUGCCUUAUCACUAUGACAACUGCCUGGUUGUUUAUUAGAGCAACUUCCCCAGACAUCGAAAUCUCGCACGGGAUACCGGAGAAGAGGUAUAACCGGCAUAGGUCGGACUCUUUGGCUAAAAGGUAG